CGGCGCGGGAAGUCGCCGAGAAGAUGUUCGGACCCAAGGACUCGAUGGUCCAAGGGCUGCUGCAGGCCAUGAAGCCGCACGCCAGGUCGGCGAAGGACGACGACGACCAUUCGGCGGAAGUUCGCCACGCGGAGUUUAACGCUUUGGUGGAACAAAUCGCGAGGGAGUCGACGGAGCCGGAAAAUGAUCCGGAAAAGUCGUUAAAGUCGGGGCUGAUUCGGCUCAGAGACGCGCUCGCGUCGAUGCCGUCCACCCCGAGCGCGCGGCACGACGUCGCCGCCGAGCUCGUGCACCUUCACGCCCACACGCGACGGUACUGGUCCGUGCGCAGGGGCGACCACCACGGCGCGUUCACCGCCGAGGAGAUUCCGGUGCGAGAGAACGAGGUGAACUCCUUCGGCAUCGGCGCCGAGGGCGCGAGCGAGCAGAUCGUCAAGCAGGUCAGGCCCGAGUACAAGGCGGGCACCGCGGGCGGCGCGCUGCUCGUGUGGUACAAGCAGGAGAUGAGCGAUCCGCUGCAGUGGGUCAACGCCAACCGGCGCGGGUGCGUGGUCAUACCCGAUGUAUCGUGCGCGUACUCGCCUCGGCCGGGCGUGGCUGUGGCCAAGUGCGGGGCUCGGGAGCGCGAGGCGUGGUUGGCGCACCUCGCGGAACACCCGGAGGACCCGUGGCCGCAGCACACCGGGCCGUGGGGUCCGGCGAACGCGCAGAGGUUGAUCGGGUCGCCCGUGCUGGACGCGUUCAUGGCGGCGCACAAAGCGGGGUGGGGCACGAAAUUCGGCGGCGGGCGCGACGAGGAGGACGAGCCGGGAAGGCCGAGGUUGGACCCCGACGUGCUGACGUGGCUCCUGGAUAGGAAACACCCCGAGUGCUAAGUGUUGACGCGACGUAUGUAUGCGACGUGCUUUUUGUUCGAGACGACGAAUAAUCGCG